AUAGCCAUUUCCAUUAGAUCUUGUGACCCGUUUUGCACUGGUUGGUUGGUUGAUCGACAAAGAACACAAAUUUCUCAAGAAUGUCGUCCAAGGAUCGAAUUCCGAUUUUUCCAUCCCGAGGUGCCCAAAUGCAGAUGAAGGCCCGUUUAGCAGGUGCCCAUAAAGGUCACGGGUUGUUGAAAAAAAAGGCUGACGCCCUCCAGAUGAGAUUCCGUAUGAUUCUUGGCAAAAUUAUAGAGACUAAGACGUUAAUGGGCGAAGUGAUGAAGGAGGCUGCUUUCUCGCUUGCAGAGGCAAAAUUCUUGUCAGGAGAUUUUAAUCAGGUAGUGCUGCAAAACGUAACCAAGGCACAAAUUAAAAUUCGCACCAAGAAGGACAACGUAGCGGGCGUCACUUUGCCUGUAUUUGAAUCCUAUCAAGAUGGCAGUGAUACCUAUGAGUUGACUGGUCUUGCUAAGGGUGGUCAGCAGAUGCAGAAGCUGAAAAAGAACUACCAGAGCGCAGUUAAACUCCUUGUCGAACUUGCAUCUCUUCAAACGUCGUUUGUGACUUUGGAUGAAGUCAUCAAAAUUACAAACAGAAGAGUAAAUGCCAUCGAACACGUUAUUAUUCCACGCAUUGAUCGUACCUUGGCAUACAUAAUAUCGGAGUUGGAUGAAUUGGAGCGUGAAGAAUUUUAUCGGUUGAAGAAAAUUCAGGACAAAAAACGAAUUGCAAAGAAAAAGGCAGAAGCUCAUAAAGCAGCUUUACUGGAGAAGGGAAUCGAUGUUCGAGAUCAAGCUAACCUUCUCGAUGAAGGUGAUGAUGAUAUUCUAUUCUAAGCACAUGGCCGCUAGCGACUGGUACAAUUGAAAAGCAUAAAACCUUCGCAAUUUCCAACAAAGCUGAUCGUAAUAAGAAAAGUUCAUUCCCUUGAAAGUAUAUCAACAGUAAACGGUUUUGAGUAGUUGAUUAAACUGUACGGUCUGAAGAACAUAUUGUAUCUAAUGUAUUAAAUAAAUAUAUUUUCUGUUUUCGUUU